CAGAGUGGAGGAUGUUGUAGUGGGGGGAGUUUUUGAGACUUGGAGCGUAGGAUUGCUGACGCGGAUAGAGAGAGGGGUUGUGUCUGAAGACCUCCGGCACGAUGUGGCUCUGGCUGUUGCUUUUCUCUCUGUUUUUUCCCCGAGCAGAAGGUUACUUUUCGGAGGAGAACUACGCGGAGGAGUCGGAGAUGCAGGCGCCCACCGUGGUGAUAGCGAUCAUCGCGCGCAACGCGGCGCACUCCCUGCCCUUCUACCUCGGAGCUCUGGAGAGACUCAACUACCCCAAAGAGCGCAUCUCCAUCUGGGCGGCGACAGACCACAACAUCGAUAACACCACUGCAGUCCUGAGGGAAUGGCUGACCGUCAUGCAGCAGUACUACCACUACGUGGAGUGGAGGCCCAUGGACAAGCCGACGUCUUAUGCAGGCGAAAUGGGGCCUAAACACUGGAGUAACGGUCGCUAUGAACACAUCAUGAGGCUCAAACAGGCAGCGCUGAACUUUGCCAAGAAACGCUGGGCUGAUUAUGUCCUGUUUGCAGAUACAGACAACGUCCUGACCAACCCGGACACUCUGAACCUCCUCAUGGCUGAGAAUAAGUCAGUGAUCGCCCCCAUGCUGGAUUCUCAGUCGGCCUACUCCAACUACUGGUGUGGCAUCACGCCUCAGGGUUACUAUCGUCGCACAGCCGAAUAUUUCCCGACCAGGAACCGGUACCGGAAAGGCUGUUACCCUGUUCCCAUGGUCCACUCCACCAUUCUACUGGACCUGCGCAAGGAGGGCACCAAGAAGCUGGCCUUCUACCCGCCGCACGCCGAUUACUCCUGGCCCUACGACGACAUCAUCGUCUUUGCCUUCUCCUGCAGAGUUUCAGAGGUACAGAUGUACGUGUGUAAUAAAGAACGUUAUGGCUACCUGAACGUUCCCGCGAAACCGCACCAGACCGUAGAGGACGACCGCAUUAACUUCGUCCAUCUCUACCUCGAGGCUUUGAUCGAUGGACCCCCCAUGUAUUUGUCCCGCUACGUACACGUUCCUCCCAAGCAGCCGGAGCUGAUGGGCUUUGAUGAGGUUUACCUGAUAAACCUGCGCAGGCGGCCCGACCGCAGAGAGAGGAUGCUGUGGUCUCUCUACGAGCUGGAGAUCAACGCUAAAGUGGUGGAUGCUGUGGACGGAGCAGCUCUGAACAGCAGUGAUAUUAAGAUCCUGGGUGUGGACCUCCUGCCUGGUUAUUAUGACCCGUUCUCCGGCCGCACGCUCACGAAAGGAGAGGUGGGAUGUUUCCUCAGCCACUACUACAUCUGGAAGGAGAUGGUGGACAUGCAGCUGGACAAAGCGCUGAUCUUCGAGGACGAUGUUCGGUUUCAGGGCAACUUCAAACGGCGCCUGAUGAGGAUGAUGGAGGAGGUGGAGCAAGCCGAGCUCGACUGGGACAUCAUAUACCUGGGCAGGAAGCAGGUGAAUCCGGGUGAGGAGGAGCAGGUGGAGACGGUGAAGAACCUGGUGGUUGCUGGUUAUUCGUACUGGACGCUGUCCUACGCCAUCUCACUGCAGGGAGCUCAGAAGCUGAUCAACGCUGAGCCGAUCUCCAAAAUGCUUCCUGUGGACGAGUUCCUGCCCAUCAUGUACGACAAACAUCCCAACGAAGACUACAAAUCCCACUUCCUGAACCGGAACCUGCAGGCGUUCUCAGCGAGCCCCCUGCUGGUGCAGCCGUGUCAUUACGCGGGCGAUGCGGAGUGGGUGAGCGACACGGAGACGUCCACGCUGUGGGACGAUGAUAACGUCCCCACGGACUGGAGGGGCUCGUACAAGAGCCUGAAGGGCGGAGCUCCACCGGCUGGCAUUCAGAGCGCCGCCUACAGGGACGAGCUGUGAAACACAGAGCUGAAUGUGUGUGUGAGAGACAGAGAGAGACGUUCUGGACGUGUGUGUAGUGCGAGAGAUCACCGUACAACGGAGAACGUUUCUAAACAUGGACACCCGGGAACCGCAAACUGUGACAAACAGGAGACCUUUAACCUGUGUGUGUGUCUUCUCAGGUACAUACAGUGCAGUCUGUACAGAAUCUAACACAAUUUUGUCCUUUUAAAGCAAAGAAAACUGAACACAGAACGGCUGCAAAGUUUAAACAGUCAGUCUGGGAAAAAUCCUGAAGGUCUGGAGUUUUUUUUUGUUACAAAAAUGCACCAAACAGUUCAUUUUUAUUACUUUAUUCCGAUUUUAUUCCACUUUAUUCCGUCUCAUGUUGGUCUGUUUACUGGCGGAUCAUCACAUCUUUGGUCCUCUUGUUGAGUAAGAACAGAUCUAAAGACCACAUUAUCUACAAUCAACUCAUCAAUUAGGUUUAAUUUCCUAAAAUCUGAGACUUUUGGGGUAAAAAGGUUGAAAUGUCCUGUGUGGUUCACCUCAUAUGAACAUCCAUGAGCUCAGAAACAAACAACAAAAAAAAAAAACUCUGAAAGUGUCAAAAAUUGUGUUUGUCUGAUCCAGAUCCACAGGCUGCACUGUAUGUGGUUGCAUUAGGGUUUUAUUUUUUAUUUUAUGUUUUUUAAACUUGGUGGCAUCCCAAUCAUUUAGCAUUUUUAAGUAUUUGUAAUGUUUAUUGCUCAUUUUUUUUUAAAAAAAGUAAAAAAAAAAAAUUACUAUAUACAUAAAACAGUGUUAAACACGUAAUUUACAAUGACCAAAGUCUAAUUUAGUCAGACAAUAAAACAGCUACUUUGCACGUCUCAUGCUAAAGACAAUCAGAGACAGAACAAAGUGUGUACCUGUGUGCAUGCAUAUUAAUCACAGGCAGUUAUUUUCUUUUUCUGUAUAAUUUCCAGUUGGUUUGGUAUGUUUCCUCAUCAUCAUCAUCAUCAUCAUCAUCAUCCACAUCCUCGUGAUUUCUCGUAUUUAUUUCCUGAACCUUUUCAUCCUCCUUCGUAUCUUUUUCUCCUGAAAAAGUGCAGAUGAUGAAAAGAUGUCGUAUGUUAAGAUUCUGGUUAUUUUUCCUCCACAAAUCACUAAAAUAAAGUGUAUAAUAAUGUAACAGAUGAUGUUUUGGUUCCGAGUCAUUUAAAUAAAUCUUUCAUGAUUAUUAUAAUGUG